GAGCGGGGGUCAGUUCGGACCGGAGGGGUCAGUUCUGGCCGGAGGGGUCAGCCCGGACCCCGCUCUGCGCUGUCCUGCGGCGGCGUGAGGGCUGCGGGCAUGGAGGGCUGCGGGCAUGGAGGGGGUUUGGAAGCAGCUGCUGUCACGAUGCUGAGGCCGGAGCACACGGAGUGAGGCUGAGUCAGAGCCAGAAGGGCCAAACACGAAUUCGUGCACCUUUCAGCUUGCUUUUAAUGAAGGGAACAACCUGCCGUCUCUGUCCUGCACAUCCAACCACUGGUCAGAGACACCCAGGCACAGGAGGAGCAAGGUUUGCGCUGGAAGAGGCUGUGCAGGAGAAAAAUUUCCAGCUGCUUUUGUCUCUAAAGCUCCUGUUUUACAGUGCUCCUGGCUCUGCCUCUUCUCCCCAAGAUGCUGGGAAGGGUCCUGUGCACGGUGCUGUUCAUGGGAGCCCUCCCAUCCCCAGCUGGAGCAUCCCAGGGCCACAUCUCCGUGGUCUUGCUGGGAGCCACGGGUGAUUUGGCCAAGAAGUAUUUGUGGCAGGGUCUGUUCCAGCUCUACAUGGACCAAGUGAGCAGUGGCCACAGCUUCACGUUCCACGGGGCUGCACUGGCAGCUCAGGAGCCGGGGCAGAGGCUGAUGUUUGACGUGCUGAAGAAGCUGUCCUGUCCCCCUGACGAGCCUCCCAACAGGUGUGCAGUGCUCAAGGACCAGUUCCUGAAGCUGAGCCAGUACCACCAGCUGAAGACUGCUGAGAACUACACAGCCCUGAGCAGAGAGAUCGAGAGCCUGCUCCGCCAGGAGGGGCUGAAGGAGGCGGGGAGGAUCUUCUACUUCUCAGUGCCGCCCUUUGCCUACACCGAGAUUGCCCAGCACAUCAGCAGCAGCUGCCGGCCCCCUGCUGGAGCCUGGCUGCGAGUGGUGCUGGAGAAGCCCUUUGGCCACGACCUGCAGUCAGCCCAACAGCUGGCUGCACAGCUGGCUGGAUUCUUCAGGGAGGAGGAGAUGUACAGGGUGGACCAUUACCUGGGCAAGCAGGCUGUGGCCCAUAUCCUGCCUUUUCGGGAUCAGAACCGACAGUUUCUGGACCCAAUUUGGAACCGACAUCAUGUGGAGAGAGUGGAGGUUGUCUUGAAGGAGACUGUGGAUGCUAAAGGCCGCACCAGCUUCUACGAGCAGUACGGGGUGAUCCGGGACGUGCUGCAGAACCACCUGACCGAGGCCCUCCUGUUCCUCAUCAUGGAGCUCCCUGCCAACGUCAGCAGUGCACAGGAGGUGGUGCAGCACAAGCUGCAGGCACUGCAGUCCCUGUGGGGCCUGCAGAGGAGCAGUGCUGUGCUGGGGCAGUACCAGGCCUACGACAGCCAGGUGCAGGAGGAGCUGCAGGAGGCACCGGGCUACGUCAGCACCACACCAACCUUUGCAGGGGUGCUGAUCCACAGUGACAGCCCGCGCUGGGAGGGGGUGCCUUUCCUGCUCACAUCCGGGAAGGCUCUGGAUGAGCGGGUGGGCUACGCCCGUGUGCUUUUCAAGAACAGGGCCUACUGCCCUCAGAGUGGCACUCUGAGGGAGGCAGGGCACAGCCAGUGCAAACCCAAGCAGAUCAUCUUCUACUUCGGGCACGGUGCGCUUGGCACCCCUGCGGUGCUGGUGAGCAGGAACCUCUUCCAGCCUGCCAUGCCCAAAGACAGCUGGAAAGAAGCAGAGGCUCGGUCAGACCUGCACAUCUUUGGACAGCCACUGUCUGAUUUCUACAUGUACAGCCCUGUGAAAGAGAGAGAUGCAUAUUCUGUCCUCAUCUCCAACAUCUACCACGGCAGGAAGGAUUUCUUCAUCACCACGGAGAACCUGCUGGCCUCCUGGGCCUUCUGGACACCGCUGCUGGACAGCACCUCCCACCAGCCCCCGCGCCUCUACCCCGGGGGCGUGGAGAACCAGCAGCUGCUGGACUUUGAGAUGGUGGGUGGGGGGCUGGCCUUCACCCUGGCAGAGCCAGCAGAGCUGCUGAGCCCCAGCAGGCAGAUGCCAAGUGAUUUCAGGGCCAUCCAGUCCAAAUUCCGGCAGAGUCCCCUGGUCUCGGGCUGGGCCGAGGAGCUGAUUUCCCGGCUGGCGUCGGACAUGGAGGAGGCGGCGCUGAGCAGCGUGGCUCGCUCGGGGCAGUUCCACCUGGCGCUGUCGGGGGGCUCCAGCCCGGUGGGGCUGUUCCAGAGGCUGGCCAGGCACCACUACGGCUUCCCCUGGCAGCACACCCACGUGUGGCUGGUGGACGAGCGCUGCGUGCCCCUGAGCCACGGUCAGUCCAACUUCCAGGGGCUGCAGCGGCACCUCCUGCAGCACGUGCGGGUUCCCUACCUCAACAUCCACCCCAUGCCCGUGCAGCUGAACCAGCGCCUCUGCGUGGAGGAGGACGGCGGUGCCCAGCUCUAUGCCAAGGACAUCGCGGCCCUGGUGGCCAACGCCAGCUUCGAUCUGGUGCUGCUGGGGGUGGGCACGGACGGGCACACGGCCUCGCUCUUCCCCCGCUCCCAGAGCGGCCUGCAGGGGGCUCCCGGCGUGGUGCUGACCGAGAGCCCCGUCAAACCUCACCAGAGGAUGAGCCUCAGCCUGCCCCUCAUCAACAGGGCCAGGCAGGUGUUCGUGCUAGUUUUGGGCAAGGGCAAGCACGACAUCGCCACCCUGCUCAGCAGAGUGGGCCACGAGCCCAGCAAGUGGCCCAUCUCAGGGGUCAGCCCCAGCUCUGGCCAGCUGGUCUGGUACAUGGAUUAUGAAGCUCUGCUGGGCUGAUGCCUUCAGUGUCCCUCCUGCCUUGUCUGCGUGACCUUUACAGCCUGGAUUUUCCUACACAAUGUCCAUGUCCCUCUGUUGCCAGCAGCAGCUUCAUCCCUUUGCCUCCAGCCUUCUGGGAGAUCCAGCCUGCAGCACCUCUGACUUUUGAGCCUGGAGGGGGCUGGGCUCAGUGUCCAGAGCUCAGGAGGAGCCAGGAGCACAAUGCAGCAUUUCUGGCUCUGCUCUCAGUUCUGACUGAGACUGUGGACAAAUGACCUCACCUUGAAGUGCCUCAGUUUUCCUGUCAGGCCUUUGUGCUCAUUGGCACAUAACUACCUCACAGACACUACAGGAGACUUGUUCAAUCACCUGCUGCCAAAUGCUUUUAAGUUUCCUGUAAUUCUCAGGCUAAAAGACAGUAAUAACACAUUCAGUGUGGCUGGGCCAGAGUCAUCUCAGUGAAAUGAUGGUGGUGUGCCCAUGGAGCUGCAACCUUGUGUGUGCAGCCCCUCCUGCUGGGAGCCAGGCUCUGGCUGUGGCUGGGAGCACAGACAGCCUCUGCCUUUUGGGGCAGAAAUGCUGGCACUGAUGUGUAAGCUCACUGCAGCCCUCAGCCUUUCAGAGUGCCCAGCAGCAGAGGCUGAGCCUGUGAGCACGAAUUGGGUGCAUUCAUUGAGUGAUGGCUGAUCAGGGGGUUGGGGAAGGAGCACAAACUGCUUUUGGGGCUGUUAAAAUCAAGAUUGGGCAGGAGGACAAACUGCUUUUGGGGCUGUUAAAAUCAUGGGGACAGGGUGAGGGGAAUGGCAGCUCACAGAGCUGCUGUUUGCUAGGAGUGCAAUAAUUACUGAGGGAAAAGCUUACUGCUUAGAGGAAUGGUUGGGUUUAGCUGGCAGAGAAAUCUUUUCUUUUUAAACAAAAAUGUCCAAAAAUGUAACUUCAUUCCAGUUCUUUUGUAUUUCUUGUGAGGGAACAAGUUUUAAUGAAAAACUGACCUAUGAGAAAGUAACUAUAUUGUUAUGGACAGAGUUUAUUUCUGUCUUACAGGUGACAGUGGCAUUGGAGUUUUCUUACUUUUGCACACUUGCUUGGUAAUAUGUGGCUGGAACCUCUUGAAAUAAACACUGAGAGGUUUAAUUGCACUUUUAAAUAAGCACAUGGGAUUUUUCCCAGGGAGCUAGUGAAAACAGGGUUUACUUGUGAAGUCUCUGUCUAGUGGGUCACCCCAAAACUUAUCCUAGAUUUUAUUAAAAUCCAUUAAAAGUU